CUGACUUGUUGUACGCCGGCUCUAUGGAAUCCGAGGAGAUAGAACUCACCUUUCGCUUGGAUGCUUUUGGUCGGACGGCGGAUAUUCCCCGCCCCGAUGAAGAGCAACCCGUCGCCACCAUGGACUAUUCAUCCAAGACAUGCAUGGUAAACUUUGUCGCGCCAAAUACCAACGAUUGUCACUUUUUGGACGAGCUCUUGUUAGAUUGCGAAGUUGCUGACAAUGGAUUGAUGCCCCGAACCUUUUGGGUUCCGUCGGCGACUGAAGACUUUUCUCCACGCUGCACGCUCGAGAGUAUGGCGCGGGAUGUGUUUACGCAUCACACCUCUGGGUGUGCCUACGAUCCUGGAACUUCAGGUGCCGAGUGGUGGGUACAAAUAAGACCAUCGCCAGAAGCGGGACGCUACUCAAUGCAUGACAAACCCCACAAAAGAAUUGGUGAUGGCGAACAAAAAGACAUGUCCGAAACGGGGAUCUCGUUUCACUGGGACAAAGACGAAGAUUUGCGGCUACACUGCGGCGGCACAACAUACAUUCAUCCCCAUUUAUCGACAGUGACGUAUUUGACAUCUAUUGGAGCUCCUACGCUGGCGGUGAACUGCCGGGUGAAUAACUUUACCGGAGAAUGGAUCGUUCCCGGGAACAAUGUUUCUUCUGAGCAUGUCCAAAUGGAAGGGUUUUUGAGUUGGCCAAAGGCCGGUAAACAUCUCAGCUUUGACGGCCGGUUUCUGCAUGCAGCUCCGCCAGAUUUGAUGGAAGACGGAGCUUUUGAAAAGCAGAUUAACUACGUUACAAAAGAAGGGUUGGAUGCUCUUGAAGUGAACAGAGUGCGCCGUCGGCAUCGUCGAGUUACUUUUCUCGUCAACAUAUGGUUGAAUUAUCGUCCAUUUGAUGUGCAACCCUUCCCUGAGUCUAUGAUUAAUAAAAUGAGUGGAAGUGUUGUAGAAGUGGGAUCGCUGUCCUUCAAGAAAGAGGGAGUCAUCGAUGCUGCAAUUUUAGAAGUACCGGCGGAGAAUGUUAAGGACACCGACAGGAAGCGAUUUGUUUGGCCUCUAGGGGAUUGUGGAUCUGGGGAAACCAUUCGAAUGAGUAUUCCUGCCGAAGGCGUGCAAAGGCAAUACAACAAGGCAGGCAGUGUGCAGAUAAAUUGGCACGACAAUGAUCACGUUUGCCUUCAUAAAGAAGGCUACCAGCGAGAAGAUGAAGGAAAGCGUCAGAGAACAAAUUAAAAAAUAUGCAUUUCAGCCUGCUUUUCCUGUCUGUCUGAAUAACGAGCUGCAGCACGGCGGCUUGUAUCGUUUCCUCUAUUGUAAUUCUUCCAAGAGCAAGUUUAUAUUCAGGCUCGCGUCAGCCAAUGACUCUUACCUAGCCAGAAUCUACAACCGGACAUCCACAGUUUAUUCAUCCUUGGUCUCCAACAUACGCAAGCCUGCAAACGGAUUGGGAGCCCGGACGCGCUUGAUGUUAUGGCGCGCCUUUCCCCAAAGAACGUCUUUUUUUGAAGGUUCCGACUUUGCCACUUUUGCCGUGAGGCUAGGGCUCCCAACGUCAAACUUGCUGCCAGAAACCCAGCGCUUCUGGAUGCUUAUUCCUGUAUGGUCUUUGAGACCAAAUCUUUCCGCCUGUGCUUCUGUCAGCUCGGGAAGCUCAUGUAAGCCGCAUUGUGCUGCAAAUCCGUUGGCAAUUCUGACGAGGGCAUCGGUCGACUGUCCACCGAAAGAGCGAAGGCGGCCUUGGUAGAAACCAAGAAUACUUAAGUACGCCAUAAUGGCACUACCUUCAAUGGCAGCUGCAUUUCCGGCCCUAAUUUCGUG